AUGGCUCCCAAACCACUGCCAUUCCCCGGCUUCACCCCGUUAUCCGACAGGGUGUAUGUCCGCGAUGGCCACGACAAGAUGCAAGCAAUGCAAGCAAUGCAAGACAGCACCCCCGACGCACCCACAUCGAUCAUCAUCUUCGGCUGGGGCGACGGGAUGCCAAAACACGUCUCCAAGUAUGCCGACGGCUAUCUCGAGCUGUUCCCCUGUGCGCGGAUCCUCGUGGUGAUAUCAGGCACCCUGCAGGCGUCGAACCAAGGGCUCGAAUCGCGCGUGCACGCCAUGAUGCCCAUCAUCGACCUGGUCUUCCCUACUCCGACAGGCAGUGGGAACGGCGAGGAACGCAUCCUCCUCCACGUCAUGUCCAACACGGGCGGGAUCUUCGCCGGGGCAACAGUGGUGGCCUACCAACAACGCCACGGGGCAGAGCAUCGCUUCCCUCACCGACUGAUCGUGUGCGACUCCACGCCCGGCAGUCUAGAUUUCGCCAGCCAGGUCGGUCGCUGGUCGCACGCCAUGGCCGUGGGCACUGCGAAGCACUUCCCCUGGCCGGUCGCCAUCACGCAGGCCCUGUGGUACGUCUUCCUGUGGUCGAACUGGGCGUGGGAGCGUGUCCGGGGCGCGGAGCCGUCGGGGGUGUGGGCGACGCGGGUUCUCAACGACCAUGCAAUCACCUUGCGCGACGCUCAUCGGCUGUAUCUCUAUUCCAAGGAGGACGAGAUCAUCUGGUGGGAGGAUCUGGAGGAGAACGUCGCCAGGGUGAGACAGCUGGGCUAUUCGGCUGACCUGGAGAUGUUCCAUGGUUCACCGCAUGUCGGCCAUAUGAGGAUGCAUCCGGAGCAGUACUGGGCGAGGAUUCUAUCUUGUUGGAACCUCUCCAGUAGAGUAGAGUAG